AUGGCACAACGUGCACUCUUAGAGAGCUGUUCUAGAAAAAAGGUUGAAGAAGUUUAUGUGAGUGAGGCUAAAAUAGCUCUGACAUGUUUUGUGUGGCCAAGCCCCUCUCCACUUGGCUCUGUCAAUCAAAGCCCAAAACAAGAUGGCAGGCUGCGGGAGCUGGCUGUUUCUAACAGGCAAGUUUAUCCCUCAAACUAUUCAGCUUCGAACGAUUUAAACACGCCACUUUGCCCACGCUGUGCUGUCAUCCUGUUUGGGGCCAAUGCAGAGAUCACCAUUCCCGUGGGGAGGUUAUUUACUUAUGAGCUGAUGAGAGAGACCUUCCGGAAUGACUUUGAAUCUUCAUCGAGAAUUUACAGUGAGCUCACGACAUGGUCUCAACGUUGGAAUGACGUCCCCAUUAUUUUUAAGUGCAAAAUGCAGAAUUUCCCAGACCUCCCGGAGUGGCUGCGUUUCACCCAGAGGAACCCAUACGAUGACGGCUUCCUGUAUGGCACGCCGACCUCACCGGGGAAAAAUUUGAUUGAGAUUAAUGUCAUCAACAGACAAGACUACGACACCUUCAGAUUUACUCUCGUGAUCAAAGUGAUUCCAGAGAAGAUUUUGCCCUAUCAAGCGGAGGUCUUCGUCCCGCUGAGGGAGAUUGAAAAGGUGCUGCCCUCUCCUGUUCAGAAUGAGAUAAAACAGGAUUUGCAGAAGCUGUGGAACACGGAGGCCUUGCAGGUUGUCAAUAUCACCAACGCCCUCGACCGCGGGGGCAGAGUUCCCCUCCCCAUCGGAGGACAUUUUGAGGGCGUGUACGUGAAGGUGGGGUCGGAGAAGUAUUUUUCCAAGUGUCUCCUGAGGGUGCAGACCCCAGAGCACCAGAGGCAGUGCGCCCCGGGGGCCAGAGUGAAGGUUCCCGGAGGAUGCAGCUUCUGCAGCAAUCCCAGCAACUGCAUCACCUGGUGCAAGACGGAGCUGUUUGACCUGACCAAGGCGGAGCCGGAGCCACCUGCUCCCACGAUGGGCUCGGGCAUCUUGGAGUCGGGAGGUGACUUCGACCCUCCGGAGUCUCCCCCGGGCAGAGACUUCUUCCCGGACUACGUCGUGACGGUGAUCGUGCCCCUGGUCCUCGCCAUCGUCCUGUGUGUGCUGCUGGCCUACAUCAUGUUCGGCCGACGAGAGGGAGUGUGUGUAUCUAUCUCCAACCCAACGAAGAAAUACAAAACAGAGCUUUUUUUUCUCUCCAACAAGAAGGUGAAAAGGAAUGCAAGAACAGACCAAAUUCAACUGUACCACCACCACACCAUUCACGACAACACGGAUGAGCUGAGGGCCAUGGCUGGAACCCGAGGGGCGUCCCCACCUCUGUCAACGCUGCCCAUGUUCAACAGCCGGACGGGGGAGAGGGCCUCACCCCUGCAGUCUGACAGCAUCCCCCUUAUUAUGGCCCAGCAUGAUCCCUACAGUGACACGCUGCCCAGAGAGUGACUUCGACAAUGGAUGAAAUCCCUUUGAGUUUAUACGCAUUGCAGCUGAGCGUGGUUCUAUGUUCACUGUGGGAUUUCAUUUGAUCUGCUGCUUUUGGUUUGAUUUGAAUAAAUUAAAAGUGUGCUGUUUCUCAAA